GCAGGGAGUUAGAUAGAGAGACAGCGGGAAAGGGAGAAACAGAGAGACAGAGACAGAGGGAGUGUGGACACUAAAUAAGGUUUUGAAAGAAACUGGGAGCUGUCAGUGUAAGCCUGACUGAGUUACAAGAAAGGACCCUUGCAGGGAGAGAAGAAAUUGACUGUUUAACGAACACAGAGCCCCGGAGAGUCCGUAUCGCAGCGUGGGCCUGCACUAACUUGAACUUUCUGUGUGAGAGAGGAGUGCCAAACAGUGCUGACUAACUGGCCUCUCCACAGAAUAAAACUCCACUGCUUUUUCUCGUCUGUUGAAUGCAAUAGCCUGUGGUUUGCAGAAGGGGUCAUUUAUCCUGAAACAUGGCCAUGGACAACGCUGAGCAUUACACAUCCCUGCAUGAGUUUACUGAGGAGCACUCGCCCAGAGGUAAAACUCCUAUUCUCUACACCUCCACUGAAGGUGCCUCUGGGGUGAAGAGGGGGGUGGAGUGCCUGCGUGGUCAGACUGCCCUGGUUGUGUUCACUGUCUUGCUGGCCUCAGUUUGUGCCAAUAUUGUACUGGGCGUUCUAUUAUUCAACAGAUCUUAUGACAGUACAUCUCAAAUACCGAGUCAAAAUCCAAAUGACUUAUCACCAGUGUUGAAACUGAACUCCAUGCAGACACGAUACAACCGUCUGUGCAAGGACUAUUCAGACCUGGGAGACAGCUGUUCCAAGACAGUGAGGAAGUGCAGUCCUUGUCCAGAAGGCUGGUUGCAUUUGGAGGAUAAGUGUUACCACUUCAGCCCUGAUAAAAUGGACUGGGAGAAGAGCAGGGAGAGCUGUGACAUCAUAGGCAGCCAUUUAGCCAUCUUAUACAGUCACACGCAGCAUGACUUACUGGAGGUCGAGGCAAAGAAGAUUGGAGGCUUUGACUAUCACUUUUGGAUCGGUUUGUCAGACAUGGAGACGGAGGGAAUCUGGAAAUGGGUGGACAACAGGAUUGUCAAUGACACGUACUGGAGCCAAUGGGAGUCGGAACCAAACAACCACCAGUCGGGAGGUAUCCAUGGAGAAGACUGCGCAGUUCUGGACUCCCGCUCUAAGUCCUGGUUUGAUGUGCCCUGCGAUCACAUCUACAAGCGCAUCUGUCAAAUGGAUGCUUUUGACAUUGAUUGAGCUUGACUGAAUGACAACCCUUUUUUUCUCUGCUCCUGACAGAAAAAAUGAUACUGUAAUUCUGGUACUAGCUUUUUUUACUUCCAAAAAUAAAUUCCUGAAAAAUCUCAA